UGGAAAAUAAUGUCUUUUCUUUCAGUUGUGUUGAUUGGAGACUCUGGAGUUGGGAAGAGUAAUCUUCUGUCACGUUUCACACGCAAUGAGUUCAAUCUGGAGAGUAAGAGCACCAUUGGGGUGGAAUUUGCUACCAGGAGCAUCCAGGUGGAUGGGAAGACGAUAAAAGCGCAGAUCUGGGAUACAGCAGGACAGGAACGAUACCGUGCCAUUACCUCAGCAUACUACCGCGGUGCUGUUGGGGCUCUUCUUGUCUAUGACAUUGCCAAACAUCUCACCUAUGAGAAUGUGGAGCGCUGGCUAAAGGAGCUUAGAGAUCAUGCAGACAACAAUAUUGUCAUUAUGCUGGUGGGUAACAAGAGUGACCUUCGCCACCUGAGAGCUGUGCCCACUGAUGAGGCUCGGGCUUUUGCAGGUUUGUGGACA